AUGGCUUACGGUCACUGCAUCUUUCAGAAAGUGUCAGUGAACGGAAAAGAAUACGGCUCUCUUGCAGGUCUUCGAGCUCCUAACCAGAACAAUCCAACCGAUGAUGUUAACUCUCAAGACAUUAUUUGCGGCAAGGUGGCAACCUCUUCUCAAGAAGUCGUUACCGUUGCGCCGGGCGACAAGAUAGGUGCCUGGUGGCAACAUGUUGUUGGCGGCGCUCAAUUCCCCGGAGACCCAGAUAACCCAAUCGCCAAGUCGCACAAGGGUCCGAUCACUGCCUGGCUUUCCAAGGUACCCAGCGCUUCAAGCAGUGGCGUCACGGGUCUCAAGUGGUUCAAGGUCGCCGAAGAAAAUUUGGACACUGGUUCCGGCCAAUGGGCUGUUGACAAGAUGAUCAACAGCGGUGGAUGGAGCUACUUUAACCUACCCCAAUGCAUCGCGCCUGGCGAAUAUCUUUUGCGCGUUGAGCUGCUGGCUCUUCAUUCGGCAUACUCGCAGAAAGGCGCCCAAUUCUACAUCUCGUGCGCGAACAUCAAGGUCACUGGUACUGGAACCUUCUCGCCGAGCUCCACAGUCAGCUUCCCGGGAGCUUAUCAACAAAGUGAUCCGUCAAUUUUGAUCAACAUCUACGGAACAGGAGGUGCUCCGAACAAUGGCGGGAAGGCAUACUUAGCGCCUGGUCCAAGACCGAUUACCUGUUGA